AGUUUCUGUCAAAAUUCCAACUCUAUUACUUGUCUAAAAGUGUUGUUUGAUACCCUGAUACUGCUUCUUAUGGAUAAGGGAUUGAUAAAUACUUUGUUUUGUUUCCCAUCCUCUUUUUCUUUCUCCUUUUUCUCAUUGACAUUGAUGUUAUCCUAACUGAGUCAAGAAAUUUGUAUUUUUUUUCUAGAUAUCUGUAAGAAUAUUCGUGUUCCAAAUAUUUUCCUUAAAUUUCACUACACUUCCUUCAUUUGUAAUUAACUAAACAAACAUAUGAUCAAUAGCACGUUAGAUUUUACUAAUUUUGUUUUAUAUCUGUCUUCACGUCAUCUGCUCUUUGUGUAACACGGAACAAGAUAAGAAAUAUUUAUAAAGGGAAAAAAGGGUAAGGAAAGGAAAUUUUUACACUAGAGAGUGUAUGCCUUCUAUUCCGUUUGUUGUCAAUUCUGCUAUAUAUUCCUUCUUCCACUGGUUGUUUUUAUUCUCGAUAAUCUUAUCCCUUCCUCUUCAGUUCACUCAAUAAUUUUUCUUUUUAUGGCAGUUAUGGAGAUUCUUGGCAUAUAUUUAAUUUCAUAAAUGCACGGAGAGUAUCCUUUGUGAUUUGUGGUGGAGUGAUGUCAGAUUUCAAGUUCUGCUUUAUUGGCUUAUAAUUGCUCUCAUAAGAGGGGAAUAGGACUUGGUAUACAAAACUUUCUUGGGCCAUUCUUCAAUUUUCGUGUAGUAUAAUGAAUCAGCAGCAGCAGCAGCAGCAAGAACAGAUGAGCUCUGGCCUUACACGAUAUAAAUCUGCACCAAGUUCUUAUUUUGCUAGACUUUUUACCAGUGAUGAUGGAUUUGGAGGAGAUGAUUUGGAUAAUAUUUUCAACCACCGGGCUGCAAGUCCUGAGACAAAUCGAGUUUUUGCAAGUUUCGUGGAGAGUGUCGAUACCAUGGAUCAGAACUACUCAUCCAAUAUAAGUAGUCGGGCCCAAUCAAAACCACAAUUCUUACAAUCUAUUAAGCAUGAAAUCAUUGAUCAGCAACUACAGAGACAUGACAGCAAUGAUUUUUCUUCAGUUUCUCAUAUGAUCUAUCAAAGCCAAUCGCAGCAGGGUUAUAAUUCAGAGGCUACAACUUCUGCCAUGGAUGAUUCUUACAGUAGAUCUUCGAGUUUAAUCAAUUCAGAUCGUGUAAAUGAGAUGAAGUUUAACGGUGGGAGUACGAAUCUCAUUCGACAUAGCAGUUCCCCUGCUGGAUUUUUUGCUAACAUGAAUAUCGAAAAUGAGUUUGAUGCAAUGAGAGAUGUGGGAAAUUUCGGAACUGGGAUUAGUACCAAGGCAGAAGCACCAAUGUUCUCGUUUAAGAGUCCAAUGAGUUUCUCAUCCGGGCACCCUUCUUCCUCAGAAAUGAUGACCAUCGAUGAAAUGGGAUGCAAAACGAGUUCGGGGAAAGGAAAUUUGGAGGAAGAUGGUAAUAAAAAUGGUGGUUACAUCACAAGUUUCCCAGCUAUAACCCCUUGGGAUGAUGACAAUAAGAUGUUCUCUAGUGUAUCAAAUAAUCAGAAUACUGACGAUCAAAUCCGUCGUACAAUUCCUUUGUCUCAUCACUCAAGUUUGCCUAAGAAUUCUGCACUAUUAUCCGAAAUUUUAUCGCAAGAUUCAGCACCCUGCAAAAUUAGAGCAAAACGAGGUUUUGCUACUCAUCCCCGGAGCAUUGCUGAAAGGGUGAGACGGACUCGAAUAAGUGAACGAAUAAGGAGGCUACAAGAACUCGUUCCCAAUAUGGAUAAGCAAACAAGCACAUCAGACAUGUUGGAUUUGGCCGUUGAUUACAUUAAAGAUCUACAAAUGCAAUUAAAGAUGCUUUCAGAUAAUCGAGCAAAGUGUACUUGCUCGACCGAGCGAAAGACAUAGAUCAAAAGGCCCCAAAGCUCGGGCAUGUUUCUUAACAGAAAAGCAAUCAAAAGGAAAGGUAAUGGAUGGUGGAAACUUUGCUUCUAGUUGGAGAUGGAUAGAAAAAGCCAUUAUUGAUGCCUCACAUAAAGCUAAAUGUAAAUAUAUCCAUCACUUUUGUUGGAAACAAUAAGUGCAUGAUUGCUACACAUGAUUGAACUGUAUAUUGAUUAAGAUUUGACUCUUUUUUUUCUUAAUUAUAAUUUAAAAGGAAUUCAGCUUUA